GGGGGGGGGCUGUGUCCUGGCAUGUGACGAGGAGGAGGAGAGGGGGCAGUGAGGUAAAGCAAAGCAGAGCAAGGCAAAGCCUGGAGCGAGGAGCGGGUCGGGGAGGGAUUAUCAGUCGACUCCACUGAUCUGCAUGUGAUAUGGAAGCCAGCAGAAGUGUCCACGCUGCCUUUCUCUCCCGCGGCGCUCGGCGGUGUGUCGGUGCGGCCGCUCCGUGAAGGCCCGAGUCGCUCUCGGAAGUUUAUGUUAGCAGUCCGGGCUGUUAGCUUCCCGUCGCUAGCUCACUGCUGCUGGCUAGUUCACACAAGUUGUCAACAGCCGAUCGAUCCUGGACCCGGGGACCCGGGGACCGGGGGCUGUCUCUCGCCGCUCGCCCACUUGAGCCCACUGGCAGUUUCCCCCCGAAAACCCUUCUGUACCAGCAGCGCUACUGGCGGAGUGGAGCUAUGAUGGCAACGUGACAAGAGGGGAGCCGCUGAGUCAGCUUCAACAGGAACCAUGGAAGGGUUUCAGCAAGCUGCUACAGAGCAGCACGACGGGGUGAAUGGUUACUGUGAGCCCAAAUCCCCCCAGGACACCGCUGAUGUCCGGUGGACGUCACCGGAGGGAGAGUCCGGAGGUUCGGACAGCUGCGGGGGGACAAGUGUUUCGGAGCUGACAGACCUGCAAGAGUUGAAGGCCAGGGAAAGUGAGGACGAGGAGGAGAGGGAGGAGAAGGAGGUAGUGCCUGCCUCUAAAGGUCAGAAAGGGGACCAGAAGAAUAAAGAGAAAGAACAUCUGGAUCAGGAAGAGAACAAUCACAGCAAGAAAAAAAGCAGUGCAGCAUCCAGCUACACCGACCUGUCCCAUACCUCGUCACCCUCGCUGUCAGAGCAGCUGCGUCUCGGUCGCGAUGACAGCACAGGGGCUGGCAUCAGUGUGGAGUGUAAGGUCUGCGGGGACAAGGCCUCUGGCUUCCACUAUGGCGUGCACGCCUGUGAGGGUUGCAAGGGCUUUUUUCGGCGAACCGUGCGGAUGAAACUGGAAUAUGAUCGCUGUGAGCGUUCCUGCAAGAUUCAGAAGAAGAAUCGUAACAAGUGCCAAUAUUGUCGCUUCCAGAAGUGCCUGUCUUUGGGAAUGUCCCAUGAUGCAAUCCGAUAUGGACGUAUGCCUGAGUCGGAGAGGAAGAAGCUGGUGGCAGGCCUGCUCGCAGAGGAACAGCACCAUGGCAAACCAGGUGGCUCUGACCUGAAGACCCUGGCCAAACAAGUCAACACAGCCUACCUGAAGAACCUCAGUAUGACCAAGAAGAGGGCCCGCAGCAUCCUGAUGGGCAAAACCAGCAGCACCUCGCCAUUUGUAAUCUACGAUGUAGACACACUCUGGAAGGCAGAGAGUGGUUUGGUGUGGAGCCAGUUACUUCCAGGUGCGCCCCUGACAAAGGAGAUCGGGGUCCAUGUGUUCUACCGCUGCCAGUGUACGACAGUGGAGACCGUGCGAGAGCUCACCGAGUUUGCCAAGUCCAUUCCAGGGUUUGUGGACCUCUUCCUCAACGACCAGGUGACUUUACUGAAGUAUGGCGUGCACGAGGCCAUUUUUGCCAUGCUGCCGUCUCUCAUGAACAAAGAUGGACUGUUGGUGGCCAACGGCAAAGGCUUCGUUACCAGGGAGUUCCUGCGAAGCUUACGAAAGCCCUUCAGUGAGAUCAUGGAGCCCAAAUUUGAAUUUGCUGUCAAGUUUAAUGCUCUGGAGCUGGAUGACAGUGACCUGGCCCUGUUUGUUGCUGCCAUUAUUCUCUGCGGAGAUCGUCCUGGGCUAAUGAACGUGAAGCAGGUGGAGCAGAGUCAGGACAACAUUCUCCAGGCCCUGGACCUCCACCUCCAAGCGAACCACUCUGACUCCGUCUACCUCUUCCCCAAGCUCUUGCAGAAGAUGGCCGACCUCCGUCAGCUGGUUACUGAGAAUGCCCAGCUUGUCCAAAAGAUUAAAAAGACUGAGUCGGAGACCUCGCUCCACCCUUUACUACAGGAGAUCUACAAGGACAUGUAUUAGUGUUCCUCAGCACAGACUGCUUUCAGCAAUACUGUUACAGACUUAAUUUUACAUUUGAAAAUAAUACACUGCAUUCAGUACAAGCACUGUUCCACGUUCGGGCUUGGAUUUUAUCACGUGCAGAUGAGACAAAGUCAAGUGGUA